AUGGCCGUGCCUCGCCCUUAUAUGCCUCUGCGGAGGACAAUCUUGAACCUUGCACCACGAACGAGUCGCACUGGUUCUCGAGUUUCUUUUCGAAAGUAUUCGACAGAGGGAAAGCCGCCCAAACCGGAGCCGUUUACCGUGUGGAGGCCAUACUUGCGAUUGGCCGUUGGGGUCCCAUUCAUCGGUGCUUUGAUAUACUCCAUGAUGACUGGUGAAGUGACCGAGCUCGACUCCCCCUCCAUCGUGGAGCUCGAUGAGUCCUUGAAGAAGCAGUCGACAAUCAGCGAAACGUCCCCCAUGCGUCUGCGCAUGGAGAAAUUGAUCAAAGAACACCAGCAAAAGAUCGUGGAGGAACUGAGCCGAAUCGACGGCAAAUCCUUCCAUUCGGACACCUGGAACCGGCCAAACGGUGGCGGCGGAAUCUCCUGCGUCCUCCAGGAUGGCAACGUUUUCGAGAAGGCUGGUGUCAAUGUGUCGAUCGUCUACGGGGAGCUGCCCCGGCCGGCCAUCGAGAAGAUGCGGGCCGAUCACAAGUCAUUCGUCGGUGCCGACGUCGAGUCCCUCAGCUUCUUCGCCGCGGGCCUCUCGCUCGUCCUGCACCCGCACAAUCCCAUGGCCCCGACGGUCCACCUCAACUACCGGUACUUCGAGACCUCGGACCCGAAGGACCCUAUCAACGGGGAGAAGAACUGGUGGUUCGGCGGCGGCACGGAUCUGACCCCGAGCUACCUCUUCCCCGAAGAUGUGAAGCACUUCCACCAGACCAUCAAGGACGCCUGUGACCGCCACGACGCCACCUACUACCCCCGCUUCAAAGCAUGGUGCGACAAGUACUUUUACCUGCCUCACCGCAAGGAGUCUCGCGGCGUUGGCGGCAUCUUCUUCGAUGACCUCGACGCCAGCUUCCUAGAAUCUUCCGCGACCUCGUCGCAAAACCCGCAGGAGACGCUCUUCUCCUUCGUCUCCGACGGUCUCGCCUCUUUCCUCCCCUCCUACGUUCCCAUCAUCGAACGCCGCAAGGACAUGCCGUUCACCCCCGCCGAGAAAGAAUGGCAGCAGCUGCGGCGCGGUCGCUACGUGGAGUUCAACCUGGUCUACGACCGCGGCACGAGUUUCGGCCUGCGCACCCCGAAUGCUCGGAUCGAGAGUAUCUUGAUGAGUCUGCCGCGGACUGCCGGCUGGGCCUACAUGGAUGCCGUGUCCGGGACCCGGACUGAAGCAUCUACAGAGGAAGAAGAGCAGCAGGGUGAAGAUAAGGUGCGGGAAAGAGAGAUCAUGGACGUGCUGAGGCAUCCCCGGCAAUGGGUGUAG